GCAUCAGGGUCUGGGUGUGUGUGGUAAUCUAGAAAACUUAAACACUCCGCUUCACCCGACUUCACCAACAGAUUGCCACCCAAUACAGACCACACACAUCAGUCUCCACCUCCUUCCUCCUACGACUGCCUGCUUGCUGCCCCCGUCUGCAGAAGCCAAAACAGAGAGGAGACAGUGUAGCAGGGAUGGAUGGAGAGAUUGGCAGAGGUUAGGGCGGGUAGGGGGCUCUGCAUGCAGCGUAUGCACAUUCAGACACGUUUUCACUUUUCCUCCUUUCCCGCCCUGUCCUAAUUAUGUCUAUUCUGGUACGCUGAGGCCCACCAAACAUAGAGCUGCUGCUGAUAGAUCAGCCGAGUAUAAAUAAACCAAGGCAAGGCUGGCUUUAUGUGAGCAGGGGCAGAGGCCAGAUAGGCUGGACUGAUUAGCUUCGUUAUCAGAGUCAGGCCUCAUUAAGAGCCUUGGCUGGGUGUGUGACCAUGUGUGUGUGUGUUAAUUUAUUGUUACACUGGACCAAAUGUCCUCUCAUUAGAGGUAAUAUAGUAAAUACUUUGGAGAAGUCCUCUUUCAUUUUGUUUGUACAUAGUUUAAAACGUGACAACAAAAAAGUCUAUGUUGUCAUCAUAUAUUGCAUUGCUUUGAGGUAAAGUUUAGGUUUAUAUCAAGAAAAUAUAUUAUAGUAUAUAACCUUCUGUACUGUAUUUUUUAUAUCCUAUCCUAUUGUGCUUUUCUUGCCCUACAUCUUGCCCUAAGUAUUGUAUAGUUUUAAUAUGGAUGAGUAUCUUAUUUUAAAGUGUGGGCUGUAUGACGAAGAUUUGAGGGUCGGGUUUAAAUCAAAUUUAAGGCAGUUUUAUAUAAAUCGCUAUUGCAUCAUAUUGUGUUGUUUCAGAUUGUAUGAGAUUUUAUCAUGCCAUAAUGUGGUGUGUGGUAUUGUAACAUUUAGUGACAUGUCAUCUCUUCUUGUGUUGUACCAUGUCCUGUUGUAUCGUAUUUAAGGUAGAGGUAAAGUCUAAGUUUACCAAUUCUGAGAUGCUUGUGACCAGACAAGUUCACUAAAACUUCCGAUCAAAUAUACCUGUAUAACUAUAUUAAAAAUUAAUGUAUUUAUAUGAACUAGUUUUAUUGUUCUUUAUGCAAAUUGUAUUUCUUUACAUGUUGUACUUAGUGAAUCUAUACACUGUCAGGGAGCCCUCAGUUUGUGUUGAUUUAGCCACUUUAGCAAUCCUGAUCUUGUCCUUCACAUUUGUGAGUAGAGCUGUUUUAAGGCUAAAUUCUCUACAGGCUGCCAUUUAACUUUUAAAAUGUCACCCAGCAUGAAUCUUCUCUGUGGUAAACACAACAAUGGCACUUUGGUUUGUGCAUCUUACAUUCCAUCAGUACCAAUUUUUAUCAAACGCGCAGUCAUUUGAGAUGAAGUUAAUGUCACAUUUUGUUUAUUUUACCAUUUUGAAUCUUGUACGAUAAUAUCUGUGUGUUAAAAGUAGGUCACUUUGUGUAACUGAUAGCAAUCUUGGAACCAAUCAGCAUUCAUAAACUAUAAAUAGUCAAUAAGACCGACAGUGAUAAUCAAUUGGCAUGAUAGUAGGCUAUACUAUGUGACACCAUUGUCAUUACAAUAUGUAUCAUAUUAACUGUUCAAUUUGAGUACUUUUUUCUAACGUUUUACUUUCAGUCAUUUGUGGUUUAAUUCUUCUUCUGUUUUUUUGUGUGUCUGUGUGUGUGCUUGAAUGACUCCACUCACACCCCGCCCUGGUUCAGUGCCCUAUAAGUACCAGACAUUACAGCAGGUGCCAAAUAUAGACCAAAGGGAGACUGUUGCCUCCACAGUGAGAGCAACCGGUGACAUGAUUUACAUGGAAGACAGUGAAAUAGGAAAUAAAGUUAACAAUUUAAGGAUUUAAAUUUGAUGUGAAUUUCAUACCAAUUCAGGGUCUGUUUCAUGUUGAUCAAACACACGCACAUACACCGGCAGAUGGAUGAAAUUACAGAAAGGGAUUCCACAAGAUCGUUGUAAGGGCAAGAAAACGCUCAUAUUAAGGUAACUACAAACAUAGCUGAUAGGAUCUUCUGAAUAGAAUGAACCAAAACACAUAAAGAAAGUGAAAGUGUUUUUAUUUUUUUAUUUUUUUACCCUAAAUACAUAAUUAGCUUUCACUUUGACAUCGCUGAAAUAGAAAGAUUGUCAACUAUUUGUUCAUGUAAUACAAUACGAUUUAUAUAUAGAAGGAUCCGCAAAUUGUUUGGUCCUAAUCCCUGAACUAGCUGAAUAUUAAAUGCUGCUUCCAUUAUUUAAAAAAUCUAAUAAAAUGUCUCAAACAUCAUAUUUAAAUACUUUAAAGCUCCUGUGAGGAACUUUCUGUUUGUGUCAGUUCUGACAUCCUUGUGUACAAAGAGAUCUGCCUCAUAUCUCUCCUCAUCGUGUUCCAGCAUAAGCCAUAAAAAGUGUUUUCUCUCUCCUGCUGGUAGCAUCAGUGUGUUUCAAAACCAGCUGAAAACUCUGUGAAUAUUUUGCUGCUCACUUCUAAACUUUGCCAAAACUAAAAUUAAGACUUGAACAACUUGUGUUGAGGCAAUUUUUAGAAUUUUUAGAAAAAUGCAUAUUCUGUGUAACAAAUUUCUAAAGUUUGUCCACAGCUCCAUAAACUUUGCUGGAGGAGGUGGGAUUUAGGACCUGUACCGCAGCCUGUCGCCAGAGGGUGCUGUUCUCGGAGUGGCUUCACCCAGCGAGGAGGCAGACGGCGUCCAUUCUACAUACAUUCUAUGGUCCAACGUCGUUCCGCCAUUUUUGGAGUUUUGGCGCCAUCUGGUGGUUGUUGCUAGGAGCCCAAUCUCUUCCUCUCGUUAUGACCGUUGGUGUUUGAACGUUUAAGCGUGUCUGUGUCAGUUAAAUAGCAGGUAGAAGCCGUAGUUGCCGUUAAAUUCGAAGAAAAUAGAUUAGAAAACAGUUUCAGCCACCAGUUGACGGGGUGUCUCACAGUGAAAAAUCGCUGUUUCGUGUGUUGUUGCUGUGUAUGGUGGCCUUCAUCAUCAGGUCGUCUGAAAGGGGAGGAGAAAGUAGAAAGUGUUCUUGGGAGGGAGGAGUGACCGAGGAGCAGCACCGAGGAACAGGUUUGGAUUAAAGCGAUGUAAAGCGUCUCUUCUGCUCUGAAGACCGGGGUUUUCCUUCAUUUAUUCCCACUACAUUGGAGCCGAGAAGAAACCAGUUCAAAGAGGUGAGAUUUCACUGUCAUUUCUGGGUCUUUUCUCGUACCCUCAACAUGUAUGAGAGGGGUUCUCUAAUUAUCUCCAACCAGACACAUUGAGACAGAGAUAGGCGCACAGCCAGUAAACUGAACUUCUCGUGACUUAACGAGUUUGUAAGCUUUUUCACACGACCCCGGGGUUGUCCAGUUAUUUGUAAUGUUUAUAAAAGCAGCAGAGAAAAUGAAUAUCAUGGGUUUCCGUGGAAAAUUAAAGGACCAGCCCCCUUCCUCUGCUGAAAAUACCACACCCACUCUGUACUUUCAUGCGUCUCAGCUCUCAAACAUCAAAACAAUAGACCCACAUGCUGCUCCUAAGACUCCUCUAUCACCUGAUUUGUUUUAUAUAAGCACAGUAGACUUUAGUGAUGCAUUUUGACAACAUGACAAACCUUUUGGUGCAAGCACAACAUGUGAUCACUCAACAGUAGAAGUUACUUAACAUGUUGAAUGAAGCCAGAUGUUGCUGUCCUUGACCUCUUUUUGUGUCUGUCUCUGUGAACCCCCUCCCUUGGCUCUGGUUUUUUCACCACGCCUCUUUCACCCCCCUUUUUUGAACUUUCCCUCCCAUUCCUUCAGAUUCCCAUAGAGACCCUCGGAGUCUACCGGGAAGUGGGGACCUUUUUCUUAAACUUCAGGAAAGCAUCCACACAAGUUUCAGCCAUCUUCUAGACAUGUCUGCUCCUGGUAAGUUGGAAAAGUGGGCGACAAGAAAGUUGAAAAGUAUCUGGAUACAUGUCAGACUAACAUAUAUAAUAGUGUAAGGCUUUUCUGUUUUCUGAGCGUUGUUUUCCAGUGAUUUCAUCUCCUCCCUCAGCUCUCUUGAGGAAUUUUUCCUCCCCGUUGAAAAUUGAAAGGAAUGGCUGGGAUCCUUGCACAAAAUCUGAUUAGGCCUGAUAGUUCAGCGUAUGACUCCUCCUCCAUCAGGAUGGAAAACCAGCAGUUCAGGGGGUGAAAGGUGCCGUUGUGUUGGCAAGGCUGCGUGCGGACGUGAGGGAAGCUUUCCAGCAAACACGCUGCUUUAACAUUUUCUAUUUUGUUUCCUGCGAGUGGAGAGAGAGAGGAAUGUGGGGAAGAGGUGGAGCAAUACAGAGUCUUCGCAAAACAAAUUACCCACAUCCUCCAUUGACAUCUGACUCUUGUUGAAAAGGCAGAAGUGGCUUCUGACUUCACUUUUCAGUGGAAGUUAAAUGACCUGAAAUCGGCUUUAAAAAGAGGUAGAGUGUAUUAUGAAGUAGUCCUCUGUAUGACCUCAAAACAAGCUAUUUAUAGAUGCGGCUGGACUGUCCUACCAUGGAAACAGAAACCAGUUUGAUUGGUUGAACUCAAACAUGACACCUGUUUGCGCCACAGAGAUCCCAAUCAAGUCAAAUAUAUUCUCACACCACUUAACCCCAAACAAAAGUGUUGUUUGUGAAGGUGGAGACAAAUCUAGACCUCAGGUCAAUGGAGAAUAAAAGUAACUGAAGACACGCUCAACAGAUCCAGACAUGACUCUUGGCAAACUCCAAGAAUCUUAUUGGUCACUUGUUUGUUUUCACUUGUUAAAGUAAGUAUGAUAAAAAAAAAAAACCUCAAAGUUUACGGAUAAAAACGUUUGAGAUUUAAAAAAAAUCAGUGACCAAUAUAGCCACCCUUCUUUUCAUUAACAGUCACAAGUUCUCAAUAGGGUUUAGGUCAGGUGAGGAAGGAGGCCAUGUCAUUAUUUUUUCGUUUUUAAGGCCUUUACUAGCGAGCCACAUUGUGGAGUACUUCGUUGCAUGCAAUGGAGCAUUGUCCUGCAUAAAAAUCAUGGUUUUCUUGAAAGAUGCAGACUUUUCCUGUACCACUGCUUGAAGACAUGGUGUGUUGGUGUGUCUUCUCUCUUAAGUCCUCUUUCCUGUAGAAGGAGGUAGGACACAUGUCAACAUAAAUAAACAGCAUAUGAAGGUUGUCUGAAAGUUGCUUCUGAGUGAUCUAUCGUACUUCAUUCCUAUCUUCGACGGAAGUUGCACAUAAGCAUAACUGAUUAAAUGAGACAUGUUAAAGUGACAGGAAGUGAUAGAGCGAGCUGCGAUAGAGUGGAGAGAGAGAGAGAGUGCUGGUUUAUGACACAUCUUUGAAACUAAAAAAUAAGAAGUGAUCUUUUAAUCAUUUCAUGACAGUGAUGCAAGUAAGAACUGUUUCACACGUCCACAUCUCUGCACGAAUGUACAAGAACAUGCUCUUCCUUCCUGCUGCGUAAUUAUUUGCCUCAUCUAUGCACAGUUACAGACACUUCAGCUGAACCUCUAGCGAAUAACUGAUGUUUGGUAAGGUCAGACAGGGAAUAUAUUUGUAAGAAAAGCACACUCAAUCAAGUAGUAGAAGCAGUGAGACAAUGUGCGCUGGCUGUUGAGGAUAAAGUGAGUUUAUUUGAGGAUAACACUGUUCCUCUGCCAAAUAUGUGACAGAAGUAUUUCAAACGUGCCUCCACACAUUUACACAUGCAAAUUUUUUCAACUUUUAAUACUUUCGUUUCUCUUCCACAAUACUUAAAUGCCACUGAAAAUGUUCAGCCCACCUCAUUAUCUUUGUCUUCAGAUCUGUGCCUGUUGGGAUUAUAACAUGAUAUCUCUGGCAUACAGCCUUACCUAGCGGAGUUGAACUCGAGCCCAAACAAGCUUCUCAUCCUGGCUCAGCCUUCUCUGCCCUCUCUGUCUCCUUUCUGUCUUUGAGUGUUUGUAUUUGGGGGGUUUUCAACCAAUGAGAAACCAUGAGCCCGUUAUUGUUUCCCUUUUUCCUGAGAAGUGAGUGAUUUCUGCAUGUGUCAUCGGGAGCGGUGUUUGAUGUUGUUGACACAUGUUGUCUCCUGAGGAAAGAUGAUUGUUUCCCAAGUGAAGGAAAAAGAAACCGUGGGAUCACGAGCAUUCCUCCUCUGUCACACCUUCAUCUUUACUUAGACGAGGGAUUAUCUCUGCGGUUUGGGUGACAUUUGAGAUUCUUCAGUGAUUCAUCCGGUUUUCUGUUGAUGAACUUUACUACUCGAGUAGUUAACCCUUACAUACCGUUCGGGUCAAAUUUGACCCGUUUUGACUUUUAACAGCAGUAAAAAUACCCUAAACGUCAUUCUUUAAGCCUGAAACUCAUUCAUGUGUAUUUUUGUUUAUGUGCUACACAUUUUUCCCCUCUAAGGCUGUUAUGGGUCAAAUUUGACUUGAUCUAUUUAGAUGGAUUUUAGAUCUACUAAUGUGGGACAAGUGACAAACACCAACAACAGUGUUCAAUAUAAGGUUUGUUGUUCAAAAAGAUAUAUUCAAAUCAUUAUGAAACUAUCAUUACCUUGACAGAAACACACACAAACGCACACAGACAUACAGUCACACAAACACAUCUAGACGGAGGUCAAAAGAACUUUCUGUGACAUAAAGCUGCUCUUUGAACUCUUUGAAGGGGCAGGGGGAUCCUAAAAUAUAGAAAUAGUAAACAAACAACACAUGAGUGAUCAAAGAUGGAGUACAAAGGGAUCAGAAGUCAUCCGGAGGUCACUGACACAGAUGUAACAUGUGCACCUGCUCCUGCAAUAUAAUGUACAAAGUAACAAAUUGGAAUCUGUUUUGAUUGGGAGGGAGGCGGUGGGAGGCGUAACAUUAUGAGAGUAGAGAGAGCGGCCAUUUCAGUGUCAAACACAUGUGCAAGAUCCACUCAUGUGAAGUGUCCUACCUUUGCUUUGAAUGCAGAGACUAGCAGUGAGGACAAACAGUGAGAACAGAGUUCAUUAUGAAGUUUGUUGUUCAAAAAAAUAUAUUCAAAUCAGUAUGACUUUUAUAUUUUUAUGUCUUACAUAAUAUUAGAUGACAUAUUUACUACAUUGACGUUUAUGCUGAUGACAUGAUUUUACACUUUUUUCUCCUUUUUCUCUAUUCUAUUUUAAUGUUUGCUCAGCUGCUGCUUUUCAAUUGCCCUUAGGUGAUGAAUAAAGCUAUAGUGAAUUCAGUUGAAUUGAAUUAUGUAAUAGAUGUUCUUCUCCAAAAUAUAUAUAUUUCACCAAAAAACGAGUGGUGUUAAAACUGAAAAAAUACACUUUCCCUGCUGUUUAAAACAUUUAGGAAGGACUAAUCAAUAAUUUUUUGAAGUAGCAGAGGUCAUUUAAACAUUAUGAAUAGGUUUAAUAGGUAGAACUUUGGUGAAAAUACUUGCUACACGGGCAAUUCUUGGUCCGGGUCAAUUUUGAUUUACAGGAUUUGAACAGUAUGUGAGGGUUAAGGGAAUUUUUCUUAUUUGCAAAGAGAGUAGUGGCCGUCAGGUGUCCUAACCAGAACAUUUAAGGUAAAAAAACAGUGGAAACAAACUCUGUCAUCAUCACAGAAGAAGUUAACACUCCUAUAGAGAACAUGCACCUCCAAACAAACUGCUGAAUCUAUUUCUCAAAGUCCAGUGUUUGGUUUUUACCCCCCGCCCCUCUGAGCGCUCUCCUGGGCUGUGGCUUGUGCUAAUAAGCAGCUUAUUGGCUCUGCCGACCCCACAUGGAAAAGUAGGAUGAUCCACGGCAAACACACCCACACUUAAGAGACCUGCCUUUAGCCCCGCACACAGAUCAAGACUCACUCUGUUUGAGUCACAAUGGAGGAACAAUGAGCUGAUUGAACUUUGGUUUUUUUAGGUGUUGAAAGGUGAGAAGUUUGAUUUCAGUUCUGUUGUAUUUUGGUUGUUGAAUUCGAGCUCCAUUUUGACUGUUUUUAUCUAAAUAAGAAGUCUUCAUAUCGCUGUAGAAGAUGAUCUUCUGACUUCAAACACUUUGAUUCCUUCUAGGUUAUCCAGGUGUUCCUCACCAGCCACCCUACCCCAUGAUGAAUCCUGGUGGUCACUCCGUAGCCCCUUAUCCCUCCGGUCCGGGAGGGUACGGCGACCCCAGUCAAGCCCCUCCACCGGGCUUCAACAUGGCGUACAAUCAAGGCCCACCCCCUGUCAUGUUUCAGCCAAGUCAGGUAGGACAUGGACCAGCUCCGGGACAGGAAUACGGCGGCCAUCCGGCGGGAAUAACCCCUGCACCAGCUGCUGCUCCAGCGGUCGCUGUCGGGGUCCCACCAGGACUGGAGUACCUCACACAGGUAGGACUUCUCAGCAGCUGUCUUUGUGGCUCUUGUUGGGUUGUUAGUGCGUAAACCGUAACAUAAAAACUGUUUCAGGUCAGUAAAAAGCAGCCAUAAACAGGUGUCUGCUGAUCUAGAUUUACCACACUGUAAAUGUUUUACUCUCAUUUUGAAAUCAUCAUCGCUGCUCUGGAUUCUUGUGCUUUAAACAAACACUACAACAAACUUUGAGGGCUUUUAGGCAGUCAGAGCAGAAUGCAGCUUUUGUUGUUUGUGGCUUUAUGGAAAUCCAAAAAACAAACAGAACUGUCCUAUCUUGUUUUCCUUUUUCCACCAUAUUUCGUAGGGAGAAUUUGCAUUUAUGCUUUAGACAAAAUGACGGCUAGUUUGCAUUUAGAGGCCAAUGUGCGUCGUCUAGUUUAGAAGAUGGCUUGUGCUAAUGAACAUCUAAUUGCUCUUGCUAUCUACCUGCGUAUGACUGACAGGGGUAGUAGGGCUGGUUUAGUUAAAAAAAUGCUCCCUGUGUGGAUAUUUGUAAUUUUUCUCUCAGAUUAUCCUCAGGUGACAUAUUUCUCUGUUACAUAUCAGUUUACUGAAGUGUUUGGUGCCAAAGGAGCAAAGCCAAACUCUUCUGGAAAGUACAAAAACACAAUAAGUGUCAUUUGCUUCCUGCUCUUGAAUGAGUAUUUGUCACAGCUUUGACUCUCUUUCUUGGUUUAAGAUCGACCAGAUCCUCAUCCAUCAAAAAGUGGAACUCCUUGAAGGUAAGGUCUGACAUGUUUACUCUCCACGUUGUUAGCAGCAAAUAAUCUUCAGCUGUCAGUAACUUUAAGCUUAUCUUUGUACUUUUAACCUCUAAACAUAAAUCUAAAUGAUAAAACAACAUUUGUCCUUGAGAUUUCUGCCUUAUCCACUCUUUUUUUGCACAUUUCCACCUAUUUUUCCGUCCAACCCCACCCAGCAUUCAUCGGGUUCGAGACCAACAACCAGUACGAGAUUAAAAACAGCCUCGGCCAAAAGAUCUACAAAGCCAAAGAGAAGAACGACUGCUGCACCAGGAACUGCUGCGGCUCUCUGCGCAGCUUUGACAUGAAAAUAAAGGACAAUUCGGACAGGGAGGUGAUCCGUCUCAUCCGGCCUCUCCGCUGCGUUUCCUGCUGGUGUCCCUGCUGCCUGCAAGAGGUCUGUACGCGUGAAGUUAAUGAGUUAGUUCCUCAUGAAAGCGCUCCUUAAUAGCCUCUUAUUGUAUCGACUACCUCUCAAAGACAAAUGCUAUAUGGAUUUUUUAAUUUAUCCAGUCGCUAUCCAUCUCAAUAACUCCCUGUGAUUGUCCAUAAACACUGAUAUGUGUCAGAAUGUUUACCCAGAGUGCGCCUAGAUUACAUGUGCCAUUGUUAAUAUUGUGUAAUGUUUGUUAAUAUUUAACUGUAGUGAUUGUGAGGGGCAUUUCUGAUGGAGGAGAACUCAUUAGCACCUGCUCAAAGUGCUGACUUCUAGGAAAGCUUUCUGGUUUAGAAAUAACCACAAUAAUGAUCAUUUACUGCGAUAUCUUUUAAACUCGCAGUGAGAUAAGGUUGUAAAUUUAAAAAUAAAAUCACAGAAUCAGGCUUUUCCUGAUUGAUGCCUCAUAACCUGACUUUUGAACGUUACAUGUUCAGUGUAACCAGAAAAAUUCUGAAAAUAUGCUUUAAAAUUUUCAAGGUCUCUCAAGAUUUACUUUAAAAAAAUCUAAAAAAAGGAAAGUUUGGGAAAAAAUGUCUUAAAUUUCCCCAAAAUUUCCAUGAAAGUUCUAGAAAAAAAAACUUAAAAAUACCAAAAAUUCAAACUUCUUUAAAAAAUACAGAAACUAUAAAAGUUCCAUUCCGAAGAUUUCCUCUGAAAGAUUCUGAUUUUUUUUUAAACAGAUCUCUUAAAUUUUGCUAAAUUUGCAUUGAAACAUCCUUUAAUUUUUUUCCAACGUUUUAUUAAAUUUUAAAUGUAAUUUUCAAUUGAAAAUUCCAGCUAAACCUCAAAUUAGAAAAGCAAAAAAAUUCCCCAAAAGCUUUAUUAACACUUUCUGAAAGCCUCAGGAAAUUUAAUAUUAAUUUCAGCUAAAUUCCUCAAAAACUCACCUCAAAGUUCACAAAAAAUUGUAAUGAAAUAUAUUUUUUUAAUUUUCUGGAAAAAUCCUGAAAUUUUCAGAAAACCCCAAUUUUUUUACAUAAACUUUUAAAUUUUUUGAACCUUCCAGCAAAAUUUGGUCUGUAGGCACCAAAAAUGUAUCUGCUCCUGAAAGUAGCUCCCAAUACUGCAACAAUUACCCCCAUCAUGGUUAAGUUGGUUAAAAUUAUAGAGCUAAGUCGUUACAAAAAAGUUUUUAUUUUAUUUAUUUUUUUCUUUCUCUCUUCUUUAUUUAUCUCAAACUUUAAGAACAACAACAACAACAAAAAAACAACUGGAAACAAAAACAGAGAACAAAAUAGUACAUAUGUACGCCAAACAACCGUACAUGUCAAAGAUAAAUUAACACAACAUGUGUAUGUCAAAAAUAAACAGUUUGAGAAGGAACAAAAUGAAGCAAAAAGCUUAUCUAGUCCUGACCCUUCCUUUUUUUUAAAAAGAAAAAAUCUAUUUCUAUAAAUUACAAAGAUCUGUAUAAAUACAUACAAUUUUUACACAAAGAUACCUGCUCAACACUCAGUAGGUUACUUAUUAUAAUUUCUUGCAUAUUACAAUAAUAAUUAUUGUUAUAGUAUUCUGAAUUAAUAAUACUUUUAUGCCAUCAAGUAUAUCUAGUAUAAAACCAUGUAUUCAAAGACGUGAUUGUGGUGUGUAUCUCAAAAUCAAAGCCAUUAACUCUUCAAGUGUGUUGGUAUCACUUUAAAUCAGCAGCGCAUUUAAUGUUCAUACUAAUUGGUCCGUCACUAUGAAAUUGUGCAGCCUCACAGCUUUCAUGUCUUGCUCUUGGGUUUCUGCUGAGUUGCUGAGUGAUGCUUCAGUGUCUUUGUCCUCCCCUCCGCUCAGGCCAGCGUUCACAAAGACCAUGAAUGGUUCUUUGUCCUUCCAAUCUAUCUCCUAGACUCCCCCCGCUCCUCUGCCAUCUAUCUACCUCUGAGGCCUUUCUCUGUGCCUUCCUGUUUAAUCACAUCCUCGGCAGUCUGGCUACAGUACUUUCCCUUUGGCACAAACCCAAAAGGUUGCACUCUCACAUACUGCAGUUCUGUUUACUCGUCAGACAGGAGCCAUGUGAGACGUAUUACCUUUGUUAUGCGGUGCCACAAUGAGGCAGUCAGAGGCUCCCUUAUCGUUUCAGCUGCCCCACAUGACAUUAGGGACAUGCAAACCUCAUGAUUAUUUUAUUUAUAGCUGCCAGUGUCCAGGGACGAGGUCGGAGUUAAUGCCCUCUGUAAUGACUCUCUAAUUGGUGCGGUAUGUUCAUGUAACUUUGUGUGUAAUCUACAGAUGGAGGUCCAGGCACCGCCGGGUACCACCGUAGGAUACAUCAAACAAGACUGGCACCCUUUUGUGCCCAAGUUUUCCAUCCAGGGAGCCAACAAGGAGACGGUGAUGAAACUGGAAGGGCCGUGCUUCGCCUGCAACUGCUGUGGUGACGUCAACUUUGAGGUGAGUUUAAGAUUAAGAAGGAUAACCUGUUUUUAAGGCAGAGUGUUGACACCUACUUCCUCAAAGUUAUGGGAGGCAGAUGAUUAGUGUAGCUAAGCACAAAGAUCGGAAACAGGCGGAGACAAAUAGCCUGAUCCAAAAGCAACAAAAUCUACCUAACCAGAGUUCCCUUUUCUUCCCUUCAUCUAAAUAAAAUCACUCAUAUAUCUUUACGUUCUUAUCACUGCAGCUGAAAAGUAAAGAUGGCGAAACGCCAAUCGGUCGCAUCAGCAAGCAGUGGAGCGGCCUGUUGAAGGAAGUCUUCACCGACACGGACAACUUUGGCAUCCAGUUCCCGCUGGACAUGGACGUGAAGAUGAAAGCUGUGCUCAUGGGGGCCUGCUUCCUCAUCGUAAGUCCAUUUAUGUAUUUAUUUUUUCUUUUUGAAUAGAGUAAACCUGAUUUACGGUAUAUUUGAACAUCAUCUUUGUUUCGAUUUGCAGGAUUUCAUGUUCUUUGAGAAGGUCGGGGAGGCCAACCAACGCAGCACUGUGUUUUCAUAACAAUAAAACAGGAGAAACCGCGGCAUCACAGCGAGGACUUUCUCUAGUUAUGCAAUCCGUUUGUUGUCUUUGUCAUUUUUUAUAGAUUUUCUUAAUUUUUGCUUCCAGACAAUACUGUUCUAUCUUUUUCUACACACGUAACAACACUUUUUUUACAGUGCAAGCCAAGGAUUAUUUUUUAAUAUAUCCAAAGUCGGCGACUGAUUUUUGCUGCCAUAUUGAGAAUUUUUCUAACACUCCCUUCAUUUUGUUGACUGUUGUCUGUUUUUUAUCCAGCUGAGAUUUAACUCCUGCCAAAGAAAGUCAACUCUUUCCAUCUCUUUGUCUUAUCGCGAUAAAUAAGCAUGGAUGUCUACUUGUGUGGUUGUAUUUGCUUUAAACACCACUGGCAUUAACAUUUCAUAUUUAUGUGUAAUAACUGUCUCAUGUAAUCACUCUCUGACUCCUGUUUUGUGAAGAAACAGGAUUAUGUAAGUUGUAAGUGCAACACUUAUUAAUUCCACGGUGCCUUGGAGGUGAAACACACCAUCUUGAAUCACCCUUUAACUUUUGUAUCGAGCACCGUUUUCGGAAGGAAAGUUUGAUUUGUAACUUCGUCAAACAUCUUUACUAAGUUUGGCCAGGUUACACCCUCUGUAUUAAUCCACAUUAGCAUUAGAUGUUAGCAUGUUGUGUGCGCAUGUAGCCAGGCGAGCUUUCCAUGUUAGCUAGCAAGUUUUAGAACGCUAGCUUAUAUAGCGUAACCUAAGGUGACCAGACGUCCUUGGAAAUCUUGAAUAGUCCGCGUAUUCGAUGACUUGUCUCUGGUUAAAGCUGUCCCAAGAAAUGUCCCCGAUUUAAGGAUUUUUUUUUUGAAGGAUGGUAGGGGAAGGUCCCGCCCUCCUUUGUCUCUGAUUGGCUAGAUGUGCUGGGCUCCGAUUGGUUAUUGCUAAUGGCUGUGAAACAUCAUCGUCUGUUGGGUUAGGGUUAGUGUUAGGGUAAGAGUAAGGACUAGGGUUGGGGUUAGGGUAAGACUUAGAUUAGGGUUGGGGUUAGGGUCAGGGUUAGAGUAAGCGCUAGUAUUAGGGUUGGGGUUAGGGUAAGGAUUGGGGUUAGGGUACAGAUUAGGGUUGGGGUUAGGGUAAGAGUUAGGAUUAGGGUUGGGUUAGGGUUAGGGUUAGGCUAAGAGUUAGGAUUGGGGUUAGGGUUACGAUAAGGAUUAGGGUUGGGGUUAGGGUUAGGAUAAGCGGUAGGGUUAGGGUUAGGGUUAGGGUUAAGGUAAGGAUUAGGUUUGGGGUUAGGGUAAGAGUUAGGGUUAGGAUAAGAGUUAGGGUUAAGGUAAGGAUUAGGGUUGGGGUUAGGGUUAAGGUAAGGAUUAGGGUUGGGGUUAGGGUUAAGGUAAGGAUUAGGGUUGGGGUUAGGGUUAGGAGAUUCAGAAUUGCGAUAAUGUUGUGCUAUGUUCUGUUGGAUGUACAGAGCUGACAGCCUGUGCUCCGCUUGAGCAUGUGAUGAUGUUUCACAGCCAAUCAGAGGCGAAGGAGGCGGGACCUUCCCCUACUAUCCUGUGAACCCCCCCCCCCCCAGAUGUCCCUGGGUUUCAUUACAGAAAUCUGGUGGUUAACUGAUCGUAAGUUAACUGUGUGUAAGUUUGGGUUGUUGGCGAGACUGUAGACGCCUAGCCUCGUAAAUUAGCGAAAACUUUACAUUAGACUUUAUGUAAGCAGGCUGCCUUGAUUCAACUUGCACAGGGAAGUGAAAGUUGAGUGUGCAGGAGAGGAGGAAGGAUGUUUAAUGUUGUCGUUGAAGCUGUGUCUGGUGGAGUUGACACAUGCUAACAGUGUUUACCAAAGCGCUUCGUCACUACCUCUCUGCGGCCUCUCUCUUCCUCAAACACCCCCGAGUCUCUGAACAUAAUUCAAAAAGCCGUAGCAUUGGCUCAGAAAGUGGCCUAAUGCUCUCUUCCUCCUCCCUCUGUGGUUUAGUGGUUUAGAGGUUCCCAUGGAGACUGAGUUCCUAGUAAAACCUCACCCCCUAUGCAUUUCUUUAGAUACUAUUGCCUUCUUUGAACAUGCGCUUGUAUAAUGAUAGGAGACUGAGAGUGAAGCCGAAACAGGAGGGAAGAGUUGUGAGUAAAAGGAAGCUGAGGUCAGUGAGCUCAGAGAGGCUGAGAAACUCCAGAAGUAACAGGGUUUAGGAAACACUUAGUUGAACUGAAUUUACUGAAUGUAAACCUGUAAUGCAAUAUGCCUUUGCUCAUUGGAUUGCUGCUUAAUGCUUCGAAAUGCUGCCUAUUACAUGUGAAUGCAAAUCUCAGCUCAGUACUUACUAAUCUUUCAUGAAGAUAACUUGGGUGUGCCUCCACUAAUGCUCUCAGAUAUAAAAAGCAGCUCUCUAUUACACUGUAACUGUCUUAUUGUCUGUGCCUGAAUAUAAAUAAAUAUCUAUACAAUCCGACCUCCUCUUUAUAAGGAAAACAUAAUCAAAAAAUGUGAUUUUUUUUUUCCUUUAGUUCAUUUUCAUGUUAACCUACAGCUUUGAACUGCAGUUUGCAGGAUUGUUCUGUCAAUUUGAUUUUUCUGUCAUGUAUUUGUAAUAGUUUUGUGGUUGUAAAUCCCUUUUUUGCAGAAUCAAAAAAGUUCAGAAAUAAAAAAAAAUGUCAGUGUCAUUGUCUUGUCUUUUUUUUCUCUCUGGGAGGGUCUGGAUGUUCCUCUUUGAAAGAGUGAUGUUAACCAGUCCUGGGUUAUCUGCACUUGAACUCUGCUUUAAUUUAGUUACUGUGUAACUUGAAAACAACAUGCGUUUUACUGCUGUCAACAUCAGCUUCAUUUAUCUACAAAGGUUACAUCCAUGCCCCGCUUUAGAUGCAGCGCACUGGGACAUAUUCUCUACCACACCCCUGUGUCCUCACAUGUCCACCCACCUAUAAAUUCGUCAAUGAACAAUGAAAAGUCCCUGACAAACUCAUGAUCGAGGUAUUUACUCUCCUCCAAGUAAGAAGUCACCUCAUGUUAACACUUAAGUAGAGGUUAUAAGUCAGUGCUUCAGUAACUGGUUAUGCAAGUGCACCUAGAAAGCUGCGUGUAAACUAUUUAUGUUAGUGUGUCCAUGUGUGCACAGUGUCUGUUAGUUUUCAUCACGUCACAAACAGCUGAAAGAAGACAAAAGACAGAUAUGUUCUGUAAAACCAACAAUGCAAAGGCCGACACAGUCAGAUCACUGUUGAGCUGAGGUGUGGUUAAAAAGAGAGGAUGCCUCAGCUGCUCAAGAGUUCAUGACCUUUCUUUUAAAAUUGAAAUUGAAAUUGAAGGCCUCUAAGGCUUUGAAUUGUUAUUAAAGCGAUUUAAGGUGAUUUGAGUGUAUUUUCCCUCGUGUUUCUGUUCCCUGUAGUCCUGUCUUGUGAGUUUUCAGUUUGUGUUUGACCCAGUUUCCCUUGUGUUCUCUGUGUUUUAUUCUUUAUAUCAGUUUUCAGUGUUUCCUGUUUUAUUUUGUAGUCGCUGAUUCCUUGUGUUUCGAGUCUUGUUUUACUUCCCUACUUUUCCCUCCCUCGUUAAUCACCCAUGAUGAGUUUCACCUGUGUCUCGUUAGCCUCACCUGUUGCUCAUUUCCCUGUGUGUGUAUAUAGUCCCUGUCUUCUCCUCUGUCCUUGUUGGUUCGUUGUGUUUGUCAAGGUGUACCUAAACCAGCAGCUCCUUGUGAUUUUUUGUUCCUGUUGGACAUUUAAAGUAAGUUUUUGUUGCUUCUUAUUUAGUUAUUUUUAAAUAAAUCCUUUUUUUUGUUCUGCAUUUGGGCCCUUUUCUUUUCUGUUUAACUCCAAAUCGUCACACUUUAAGUAAAUUAAGAUUGAGAAUCUUCAUGAGGAGCAACAAGCACGCAAACAUGUUCCCAUUAAAUGAAUGACCGCUAGACUAUUGUAAAGAAAGUACUAUGCUGUAGUAGGAGCUACUUUUGUAACAUACAUGUUCGUACUUACGAUGUCAAAAUGUUUUAAUAUUAAUACUUGAAUAUGCUUGUCACAUAGGGUUCCUUUAUCCUUUUUUAUCACAAUAAUUUUUAAUAAUUUUUAUAUUUAUUUAUUUAUUUAUCUAUUGUUAUUUUAUUAUUAUUACAUUUAAAUUUAUUCAUUUAUAUUGUUUGUAUCUUUUUCAGCACUUCUGUUUAUGUAAAAAUUGAGCAAAAACUAUUUACCUUAAUUGCACUCUUGAAUUUAAAUAGAAAAUAUAAAAAAAUAGUUUAUCAUGUUCUAAUAUGAAUCCUUUACCUCACAUUUGGAGUCGAUUCAAAAACAUUCAUUUUUGACAACUUUUUAAAUAUUUUGUUUUAGAUGGACUUAAGAGACGAGGGGACAAAAAAAUACAAAAGACCAUAACUAUGGACUUCUGCAAUGGAUCUGUCAAAAAGAACCCAGUGAAGGUAAAUCAUUUUUUAUUAAUAUUUUUAUAAAUACUCUUGUUGAAAUGAACAAAUAAACUUUAAACAGGAAACUUUUUAAAGUGUUAACAGCAUAGAAAAGGAAAUAACUUUAAUAUUAGUCGUGUUUUUACAGGCUGUGUGCUAAAAGGAGACGGUCCAAUAGUUGUGGUGCACUUAGCUUGUGUUAUUAAACUCUCAUACUAUCGGAAAUCAAGACCAGAUCGUCAUUUUUAUUAUUUAAUAUGACAAUUUCUAUCACAGUAUUUACAAAUUCAUUCACAUACAAAAACUAUUUGCAAGAACAGACAUAAUGUGCUGGACAGUGUACCGUAAAAGUGUGAAAAAAGGAGUCAGAAACACGCCAUUUUGAAACUAAUCUCAUUUGUUACAAAUAAUUAUCUUUACAUUUUAACAUCUUCUGCUUUAAGAUGCUUUUAACCAGCUGUUGGUCAAUGAAAGUGGGUCAAUCCAUGUCAGAGUGUUUUAAGAUCCAUCCAUCCAUUAUCUUCACAGGGUCACGAGGGGCCCGGAUCCUAACCCAGCUGCCAUUGUUGAGAGACGGGGUACACCCUGGAUAGGACGCACAGAGUGUCAACAUGUUUCUGAUCAAGUCAGUUCUCCGUUAAUUUCCUAAAAGUCUCAAAGGCGUCUUCACACUCGUCUUUCGAUUCCUGCCGAGGGUCGCUCUCUCUCUCCGGGGCCUUGCCUGUCAUCCCGCGUCCAUCGGAUCAGGUAGCGGCUGGCUAGCUGCAGAUUCCACUGGUACUUUGUGAGGAUCUUCAGACAGUCCUCUUUGGAGCAGAGGCUCAGUGAGUACAGCUGCUCCAACUGUGAAUACAAAAACACAAAAGUCAGAGACAGUUAUGAAAAACACACGAGGAGAUCUCAAGCAUUUCUCGUAAAAGUUUGCCACAAGGGGAAAAAAAAAAUCCAGGCCUGGUAAAUGAGGACUAUUCAUUAGAACUUCCACAGAAAGUUUGAUCAAACCCAGAGGAGAUGAUUCAAAUAUCCAAAUCCAAAACAUCUGGGGGUUUUAAGUUAAUCUACGCUGAGUUAUCAGGAUCCUACCAGCUUUAUGUGACCUUACUGUCAGGAUAACUAAAAUACAUCGGCGUACAUUGAAAACUCCUCUGCUAUGGACCUAAUUCCCCUUAGCGCUGUAGUCCAACAUCUUUCAGUGUUUCCAUUAAACUUCUAAGCUUUGAGUUACGAUAUAGUAAAUAAAUAAAACUGUACAAGCCUGAGAUCUGCUUGACAAGAAGUCUUACAUCAUCCUAAACCAUUUGACGCUCUUUUGACUUCAUUCACAGGAGAAAUGUAGAAAAGCACAACUAGAUUUUCCUGUUAGAGCACCUGAGGAUACAAAUUUGCUGAAAGGCCUUACGUAACGAACGUCUCAUGGUUUUACCUUGAGUUGUUGUUCGGCUCUCACGGGGUUCCAGUCACUUCGCUGAAGUGCAGUGUGAACCUCCUCUGUGGUCGCUCCGUGGACAGCCUCCAUAACCUGAGCAGAGUCCAUCAAAAUUAAGCGUUAGACCCUUUUUAAGAAAGAUUUGAUACUCAAGUAGAAGAAUGAACGGGUUUUUCUCUCACCUGUGCGAUGAGGGCGUCUCUUGUGUUGCGCAUGUGCGGCGAUUUGUCUCUUUCUCUUCCCCGCUCCCUCUCUCUGCCGUCCAUAUCAUCCAGCUGUGGCGUCGAGCGAGCCAUGUUGCUCAUUUUCGCCAGAUUCGACCCCCCCAUGCCCUGCUGAGGCAGGUGUUGACUUGGAGGUGGAGGUUGCGUCUGCCCUGGAGGGGGGAUGACCAUCUGAGGAGGCCAUGAUGUACCAGGAGCAGGGUGAAUGGUUGGUCUCCUCUGAGGUUUCAUGUUCGCACGUUUAAAAUUGGGAGGUGGCGGUCUGGGGGGCGGGAUGAUGCUGGCUUCGCUGAAGCGUCGAAAGUCCUGUUGCAUCAUUACGGAGUGAGCUGCCAUGACUGGAGGUAAGAGUCGACCCUGGUGGUCCACUCUGACCGCACUGACGGUGUGAGCCCGAGGACGCUGUCCCCCCAGGAGGGAUUCUAGACUCCGGGACAUUCCUACAGAAACAAAGGGAUGACUUAAUCACCUUUUCAUUUUAGCUGCAUUUAGUUUGACGUAUUCGUCUGUGAAGUAGAAUGAAGUCAGUGUGUGAGUGGGUCUAGCUCUGGGUGUGUGCAGGUAUCAGAUAAAAACACCAGAGGGCAGCCUGGUGGAAGAAAAACGGAAUAAUGCAACUGCUGUUUUUUGAAGAUAUGCAGUCGGUUUCAUAUCUAGAUUAAAUUCCUUUAAAAUAGCUUGAGUAACUUUGCUAUUCUUCUUGUUAAACCUAGUGCAAUCAGCAAAGAAACACCAUCCUAAUGUUAUUUUACUGUAUGCAUAACUCUAAGGGAAAAAGUAUAAAAUAAAAAAUGCAUAAAAAAAAGAGCAGCUUUACUUCUCUGUUUGGUUUUAUUUGCCGUUCCUACCUGCCAUUUUAUGUAGAUUGCUUCCCUCCUUCUCCCUGGCCGGGCUCGGCUUCCAGCUGCCAAUGCUGCACAGGUCAGAAGAAUAAACAUGUUAUUAUCUCAGCCUCCGCUCACUAACACUGAUCGACUGACAGCAGGUGAAAGUUCAGGGCCGCACUGCAACAGCAUUCAGCAAUAAAACUCCAGAGUCUGAGAUAGAUGAUAUAAAAACUAACAGGCACCAGAGAUGAGCUUUGGCCUUGUUUUGCUUGUGUUGGUGUGAUUUUAGAUGUGGGUCAUUCAACCCACUUCCUGUUUACAAAAAUAAAAAGAGAGCCACUGGGAAGCAGAUGUGUCAAAGGAAGGAUGUGGCUGUUUUUUAUCAUCGCGCCAUCAACAGACGACAUGUCCUAAUACAGAAAUACCAAACAGUAAGAUCAAGAUGAACAAAUAAGUGAUUUCACUGACUCGUCUGGGCCUUCCGGUGUCCCCCAGGACCGCUCAACCCUGAUGUCCCCAUGUCCUGUGUGGUGCAGGCUACCCUUCAACGGGGCGGAGAUGUGUGGCGUGUUAGAAAUGGGGUUGGGUGCAGGAUUGGGUGCAGGAACUGGAGGGAGAAUCGGUGCAGAGAGGCUGGCUGGAAACCAGCCGACCGCCAGCGUCCUGUGGUUCUGACCUCUCCACUCAGACAUGUCCAGACUGAACAGAGACAGAUAGACAGAGAGACAAAGAGACAGAGAGCGGAUCAGACUGUUAGAAAAAAAAGGUUUCUGUUUCUCAAAUCAAGACCAUCUGACUGUGAAUUAGCAUAAUGCACAAAAUAGCUAAUAAAUAGCUAAAAUAGAUUUUAAAAAAAGCUAAUAAGACCAUUGACAAGAAAAGAGAAUAUUUCUGUGUAACUAAUUUAAAUGUCUGAAACCACCACCAGGGGGUAGCUGCUCAUUUGUUCAUUUUUUCCCCGUCAAGAGUACUAAAAAGAGGAGCUCAUCCCUCCCCUGCCUGCCCCAUGCACCCCUGCUAAUACCUGCUUUGGUUUGUCAAACAAAGCUUGACUAAUUUUAAAGAAAUAUUCCGGUGUAAAAUUAGGUCAAACACAUUGUAACGCCGAGUUAGACACCCCCUCGAGAGAUGAAUGUUGCCGACCGCUUGCUUCUCUAGUUAUACCAACUUUAGUAACGACCGCACGAUAGCAAUACACAGUGCCAUGUGCUCAAUCAAAACACCACUCUAUAGCCACAAAUAAUGCUCAGAACAGCACCUAACUUCAUCAACAGUACAUAUAGGGUCCCAGCCAUAGCACUAGCCACCAAAUAUCUUUUAAUUUUGCCUGAUUUCUUUAGCAAAGAGACUAAACACAACUCACCUACUCUCUUCCAGCAGCCAUUUGUUUGUAUGGAGACCUCCGAGCGAGUCCAUCGACUGCAGUGAGGUGUCGCAGCUCAAGGAAGAACAUUUAUGAUCAUUACUUUAUCAUUUCCUUGAAGCAAUAAUAACCAUUUUAAUCAUUUUGCACUGCAGACGCGGUAUUUCAUCUGCUUAUGCAUCUUGGUCUAAUUGCAUUUCCAUGAGGAAAUGAUCACUAAUGUUCUUCCUUGAGCUGCGACACCCCACUGCAGUCGAUGGACUCGCCUGGAGGUCUCCGUACAAACAAGUGGCUGCUGGAAGAGAGUAGGUGAGUUGUGUUUAGUCUCUUUGCUAAAGAAAUUAGGCAAAGCUAAAAAGAUGUUUGGUGGCUAGUGCUAUGGCUAGGACCCUAUAUGUACUGUUGAUGAAGUUAGGUGCUGUUCUGAGCAUUAUUUGUGGCUAUAGAGUGGCGUUUUGGUUGAGGUUUGUUUAUGGCUCCUCAGACUGCUCUGUAUUGCUAUCAUGUGGUCGUUAAUAAAGUUGGUAUAACUAGAGAAGCAAGCGGUCGGACACAUUCAUCUCUCGAGGGGGUGUCUAACUCUGUGUUACGGUGUGUUUGUACCCUUUUAAGGAAUCAAUGAAAUCACAACCUUUGUGCACAUUUAAACCUCUGUUUCAUCUUAAAAAAGGCCUUCUGUAUUGCUCAAAGCUUUCCCUUUCACCCACCCAUGGUCUACGAUGGUCACCAGGUCGUUGGCCGCAAGUGCGAGCUUCCUGGGUUCAGCAAAGUCCCUGGUUGCUUGUACCUCCAUUGGUUUAGCCUGUAACGACAAAUUUGUUAAGAAAUGACAAAAAGUUUUUCAAAAAUUACAGCACAUUUCUGCUGCGUUUGAAGGAGUCUUUGCAAACCUCUGCGACCAUGGUGGCGAGCUGAGCAAAGUUGGGUCUGUCAUGUGGACUACAGGCCCAGCAUUUCCUCAUCACAGCGUACAGCUCCUGGGGGCAAUCUGGCGGUUUCUCCAGACGCUCUCCCUCCCGCUCCACACGCCACAAAAUCUGGAUUGAAGAGGAAGAAUGUUCAGGAUUGUAUAACUCUGAGUCAGAGAGUGAAUUACAAAAGCAUCAGGGCGGGGCGCGCAUUCCAGAUGUCAUUAAAAACACAGCGAUCGCCGUGGACAAACAGAAAAAAGCUGUGCGUGAAAGUUCAACUUGGUGGUGUGCAAGUGCGUACCUGUCUGCCUGACAGACCGAACCAGGGCUCCUCACAGUAGGUAAACAUCUCCCACAGGGUGACACCAAACAUCCACACGUCUGAAGCGUGGGAGAACGAGCCGACUCGGAGACUCUCUGGAGCACACCUGGAGAAAAAACCGCAUUAAACGACAAGUUCCUGCAAUCCUCUCUGAUAACCUUGAAACUUAAUGUUCCCCUCACCAUGCAAACGGUAUCCUCCUGUGUGCAGACAUGACGUAGUGAUCCUCCUCCUGGCUCAGGCCUCUCAUCAGGCCAAAGUCCCCGAUCUUAACCAUCUCCCUGGAUGCCAGAAGCACGUUCCUCGCUGCCAGGUCUCUGUGGAUGUACCUCCUGCUCUCCAGGUAAUCCAUCCCUGCUACGAUUUGUUUUGCAAAGAGCCAGAGGCGGACGAGAGGGUAUUCAUACUGACGAGAGCGCAGCAUGUCGUACAGCGAGCCAAAGGGGGCCAACUCUGUUACCUAAAAGACGAUAAAGUAAAAGAUUGUGAGAUCCGGCGUUGAAAUACAAAUAAAACAUUUUAUACCCACUCUCUGUAAUCUUACCAUCUUAAGGGGUUUUGUGAGCACCACACCGUAGAGCCUGAUGAUGCUGGGGUGGUCCAAAGACUGCAUGGUGGUGACCUCUUGGAGAAAGUCCGUCAGUGUGUCCGUCUGCCUGGACAUGUUACUUCUGAGGGACUUAACGGCUACAGGCAACUGUGAAGAGAACAAACAGACCAAAACCUGAUCAGUCUUUGUUUGUUUACAUGGAUGGAGCAUCUCUUUACCAAAGGAGGAAAAACAUACAAUUAACUGACUCAUAUGGAUUUAGCAGUUCUUAUUUCUUGCCACUUGAUGGCAGCAGAAACACCAUCAUGUCAUAUUAUUAAUACAAAAAUUAAAGCUCCUGUGAGGAACUUUUGGUUUGUGUCAGUUUUGGCAAAACAAAGAGCUGAAAGAGGAUGAAAGGAACUGGAAGACGAAGUGUCUGUAAUUUAACAAUUAUAAAAUCUUACGGCCAUCUGAGAAGUUAUUCGACAGAUUGAAUUCAUGAAGAAAAGAUAGAGUAGCUUUAAGUUCUGUUUUAUGAUUUUUUCUGAUUCACAAUAUGAAAUACGUUUUGGGGCUCAGAUCAAACAAAUUAAAUCAAAUUUUAGUUAUAUCGUGCAGAAUCACAAUAGUCGUUAUCCCAAGACGCUUUCUGAAAAAAAGCAGGUAUGGACCACGAUCAUUGUUUGAUGAAUUACUACAACCCAACCUUAAGAUAGGACAGAUUUGACCCGUCCCAUCUAACAUGAGUGACAGUGGCAGGGCAGAAACCUUGAGCAGGACCAGACUCAUGUUAGACAGCCACCAAGCCGCUGCUGAUCAAAGCAGGAUGCAAAUGCAGACUUCUUAAAGGGAUUAGCAGUGUUGAAACUGUAUCUACUCAACAGUGGAUUAAACUGCCUCUUACCACUUUCCCAGAGGGCGUGUGCCACUCUCCUUUCUUCACCACCCCAAAGGACCCGGAGCCCAGCUUCUCUCCCAGAACCAGCUCGCUGUCCUGGAUCAGGCAUGGUAGGGCCCGGCUUCCUCCAUCUUGACUCUGAGUGGGACCGCCUCCACUCCACUGCUCUAGCCCAUCCUGACUCCGACCUACUGACUGUGUGCAUUAGUGAAAACAUGAACAUCUCAUUAAUGCGGGCGCUGGUUUUUAUAGUGUAGGUUUUACAAAACUUAUAAGAACUCAAAGUUGGUGUUUCUCCAUGUUUCUGACCUUGGGCAUCCGUGAUCGUGAGUUUAUCUUGAAGCGUUUCAGAGCCUCCCAUAGUCUCCUUUGAGCUGAAAAGAGAAGAAUAAGAGUCAGAACCAAAAUCCUACAGAGUUUUAGCUUUUUUUCUGCACUUGAUUUGAGUCUGUUUAGGACUUUCAGGUGGACAUAAACCUUUCAGACCUCAACCAAAUCUCACUACAUUUUGAUUUUUUUAUUGAGUUUUUAUUACAGUCGUACUCGCAGAGGUAAAAGACAGAAGAAAAUAACUAGUAGCAGGUAAAAAAAGCCGCACACCCUCUGAUAUUACCCUCACUUUUGUCUGUGAUAGCCGAGGAGGAGUAAGGGAAGUCCACGUUUUAAACCUGACACCAUCCUGAACCUGGUACAGGUUUUCUUGGAGGCUACAUUUUUUGCGUGCUGGUGCCAGGUUUGCUACAUGAUAUGCGCUCAUAUUUCAAUGGAAGUGAAUUUUUCAAACACACCCUAGAGUUUUCAGUGUCAAGUGAACAAUAGUCUAAUGGUCUGAGGGAAAAGGGUGGGAUUAAUAAAUAAAGGCAAACAAAAGAUACACUCAAGGUAAUCAAGGUGAAGAUUACUCCCAAAAUAAUUAAACAUAGUGAACAUAUUUUAGACUUACAAUCAUGAAGAAACUAUGAACCGCAUGGACUUUGAAGCCAAGUUAAAAACACUUUUAAAAGAAGUUGUGGGAACUUUUUAUAAAUAUGAGAAAAGGAAGAACAAACUAAAAUAACCGCCUGAAGUAACUUUAAGUGAUAAGAUUUUUAUUCGAUAGCUAGGUGGCAAUCACGCUCACCAGGUUUGCUGAUCCCGAUCUGCUCCAGGUCGCUCUCCUUCACGUAGGCGAAGUGAUCGAUGCGCGUGAUGUUGAGUCCAUCUCUGACGCGGAGGUAGAACUUCUCCAGCUGGACCUCGGCGAGGAGCGCGUACAGCCACUGAGUGUCCUGGUCCAUCAGCAUGACCCGGCUAGCUGACUUGCCUGUAAAGCUAAAGGUUGAAGGUUAUAAGACAGCGCUCAGAUGUAUUUUUUAACCCUUUAAUGCCUGAAACCACAAAUUAUGGCCAGAGAAUUCAAAUUUUUGGGAGCUGAAAUGUUUAUUAGGGCCAGAGCUGAGAGCACAGCGUUGCGGUGAAGCCCUUUGGUAAUCCAAGGGGUUCUCCAUUAUUAUUAUUAUUAUUAUUAUUAAUAUUAUUAUUAUUUUACGCCCACUGAAAACGCAA